AUGGGGUUCAAGACAGAAACACCGCAGCCAGCAACGCCAGUUUUUCUCAGGCUUUCAUACCCAGCUCCCCGGGUAUUGCUUGUUCGAAUGGACAGGCCAAAAGACCUCAACGCCAUGUCUACAGCAGCCCAGUGGGAGAUGGACUCGGUCUGGAAAUGGUAUGACCAGGAACCAAAUCUCAGCGUCGCAAUCAUCACAGGCACGGGAAGGGCCUUUUCUGCGGGAGCAGACCUCAAAGAGUGGAACAACAGCAUGGCCGACGACGCCGAUCCAAGCCAGCGCAUGGGCAACGCGCCUGCUUUCAAGCCCUUGAGCAGGAGAUUGGGCAAGAAACCAGUCAUUGCCGCAGUCAACGGUCUCGCCAUGGGUGGCGGGUGCGAAUUCGUAGUCAACUGCGACCUCGUCGUCGCCGCCGAAGACGCUUACUUUGGGCUUCCCGAAGUCAAGAGGGGCAUCGCGGCCAUAGGCGGCGCUUUGCCGCGACUCAUACGGACCAUCGGACUUCAGAGAGCAAGCGAAUUCGCGCUGACGGGGCGUAACGUCUCGGCGCGGGAGAUGGAGCAAUGGGGUAUCGUGAACAAGGUAGUGUCCAAGGAGAAAGUUGUCGAGGAGGCGGUGCGUUAUGCCAAGAUGAUUGCAGCCAACUCCCCGGAUGCCAUUAUAUGCACUCGAGCUGGAUUGAGGCAGGGCUGGGAAACGGCAUCUGUAGAGCGAGCAGUUGAGUGGACGCUGGAGAAGGAGUUUGCAGAGCUGCAAAAGGGCGAGAACAUCCUUGAGGGCCUCAAAGCAUUCUCUGAGAAGCGAGAACCCCAUUGGAAAGGUAGCAAAUUGUAA